AUGUUCACUCCACCUGAACAAUUUGGAAUUGUCGAAAAAGGUCUUUAUCGUUCGGACAUGUUACAUGCUUCAAAUUUUUCUUUUAUAAAAACUCUUCACUUAAAAACAGUAAUAAUUUUAUCGCCCGAGGUUCCUACUCGUGCAUUAGCGAAUUUCUUGGAAGAAAAUAAUAUCAAAUUGGUUCACUUGGGUCUUAGGGUUUGGAAACCUAAUCUUGGAUGGAAACCUGUUAGUGAAGAAUUAAUUAAAGAUGGUUUGGAAAUGGUUUUGAAUGCUGCUAAUUAUCCUAUUCUUGUUAUGUGCACAUCAGGAAUUCAUGAAACUGGAACAUUUAUUGGUUGUUUGAGAAAGUUACAAAAUUUGAAUUUUAGAAGAUAUGUAAAUGAACAAUUCAUUGAAUUGUUUGAUAUGGAUCUGAUCACUUUGCCACAUAAUUUACCACCAUGGUUUAUUAAACAAAGAAAAUUUUGGCAACAAGAAGAGAAAGAAGAAGAAUUAAAAAAUGAAUAA